AUGUCAAUUUUUCAAAGAUUUUGGGAUAGUACCGAUAUAUUAAAAGAUCCCAAACUGUUUAAGGCAAAACUAUGCGUCAUAAUCCAGGACGUUCCAAAACAAUAUAGAGAAGAUAUUGUUCGAGAAUUUUCUUUAAAGUUUAACCCCAUGAUCGCUCAGAACACUAAAAUUAUUAUGGCAAAAAUUAAGACAUGCAAUUGGGGUUCUUUGAAUAAUAAUUUAGUCGAAAUUCGUGUGUCUGCUUUAAAGAGAUUGCUCCCAAUGGCCAUAUUCAUGGGUGUAGAAAAAAAGGAUCCAACAAUUAUGAGCUUAAUGAAUCAUAAUACAGGAAUAAAAAUAGAUGACUCUGUGAUCGAGUUACCUGAAAUAUCGGAAGAUUUCGAUAAUCAUAGAGAAAUUCUUUCAGAUGAGGGCAUAUUGCUUUUCGAAGAAAACACCGAUUUU